AAGGUUUUGUUGUGAAGCUGGAAGUCCUUGUGCAAAUGGGAUAACUUGGUGGGAUGCAGCCCUGAGGAUCACCAUUACAUUAAAUCAAUCUCACUCUUCAUGUUGGAGUAACAUCUGAAGAGCUGCUCAGUGUGUACAUUUUUACAUGCAUUUGCUCCUGGCUCCCUUUUUUCACUCCCCGUGUCAUGCACCAGCAAAUCUAGUUAAAUAAAAAUAAUUUUCAUAGAAUUUUUUAAAAGGCCAAAGCACUGGUAGGGAGCCUUCCAAACUGUGUGUUGUGACACAUUAGUGUGUCAGCUGCAGUGUGUAGGUGUGUCGCGUGAACACUCCCUGCGCUCCUUCCAGGGCUGGAAAGGAGUUAGUUUAACCUCCGGUUUGCUAGUAAAGCUGAAUUACUGUGUCACAAAAUUAUGCAUGUCUAGAAAGUGUGUCACCAACAUGAAAAGUUUGGAAAACUGGUGUAAUGUAUCAUACUUGAAGUUUCAUGAAGCUAUAUAAUGUCCAGUUCUGAUGCGCUAUGUAAGUGUGCUACAUAAACUAUUCCAUCUUCCGCCCAGAUGAUUUCUCGAAGAGGCAGUGGUACGGAGACAAUGGAAUCACUUCAUCCUUUGACAUUUUACUGAACUUUUAGAGGAAAACUUGCAGUUUCCUAAAGAAGAACCUGAUAGCUUAUCAUGCAAGUCAAUGGGGAGGGAGAUGGUUUCAGGGCCACUGAAAGAUCGAUUGGAUAAUUUCCAUGUGCAUUCAAUGCACAUAAUUCCUAGUCUUUCUUAUUUGGAGGUUAUAGCAUGCUGGAUUGCAUUACAGUUGUGUUUUUUUAGUCUAUUUUGGAUUCUUAUUGUUCAGAUAGCUUAAAAUGCAAUACAUCUGCAAAAUUUUAACUGAGCAACAGCUAAUAUACCUGCUACUAGAGGUAAGUGAAAAACCACUCACAGUGAUCUAAAUAUUUUUGGAACUAGCCUUAAGCCCAUGAAGAUGAAUUAAUAAAUUUAAAGGGAAAGUUGUGCGUGCUUAAUAUAUACCCAGCCGAAGGCCUGCUACAGUAAUUUGUUACAUAUAAUAAUUAUCAGCCUAUACAUUCCACGCCUGUUUCCUCCUCUCGCAUCAAGUAAUGUUCACAUUUGAAGUCUUUGCACUGAAUCAAUCAUGUAUUUUGUGUAGAGAGGCAUUUGGAUUUUUUUCACAUGUUGGCUAUUUUAUGCAAAGUUGUACCAAUACCAGUUUUGCACACUCACCACCACAUGUACAUGGUAAAAUCAUCCUGUGUGGGCAUCUUAAUCUGGAAAACAAACAAGUGAAUUGGGCAUUAUCAUCAGCAUAUGUCCAUGGUAUCUAGCAUUGUCUGAAGAGAGAUGGAAAUUUCCCAUUCGGAGAUCCAGUUAAUGAAGUUAAAGGGAGGGAGGGAGGAGCUCUGGCUUACAAGCAUAAAUCAAUAGAUGUGCACUAUGAACUGAAAGCUCACUGAAAGUACUCAGAUCAUGCCAACGGAGUCACAAUGGCUGGCUCAAAGACUCACUUGGUUUUGGAGAACUAUAUAGGAGGCCAAUUUAUUCCUUGCUCCUCAUAUUUAGAUUCCUAUGACCCGUCUACAGGAGAAGUUUAUUGCAAGGUGCCAGACAGUGGCAGAGAGGAGGUGGAGGCAGCUGUCAUUGCUGCCCAAAAUGCUUUCCCAGGCUGGUCGGCCAAAAGCCCCCAGGAAAGGUCAAAAAUAAUGAGCAAGUUGGCAGACCUUAUUGAAGAAGAUCUGGAGUCAUUUGCUCAAGCAGAAUCAAAGGAUCAAGGGAAAACUAUUACGUUUGCUAGAAUGGUGGACAUCCCCCGAUCUGUAUACAAUUUCCGUUUCUUUUCAUCGUCCAUCCUUCACCAGACAGCAGAAUGUACACAAAUGGACCAUGUGGGCUGUAUGCAUUAUACUGAGAGAACACCUGUGGGAAUUGCUGGCUUAAUUAGUCCUUGGAAUUUGCCACUUUACUUGCUGACCUGGAAAAUUGCGCCGGCUAUUGCGUGUGGAAACACUGUCAUUGCCAAACCCAGUGAGAUGACAUCUGCCACUGCUUGGAUGAUGUGCAAGCUUCUCAAUGAAGCAGGUAUUCCUCCAGGUGUGGUGAACAUCAUCUUUGGGAGUGGUCCGAAAGCUGGAGAUGCUCUAGUUUCCCAUCCCAAGGUGUCAUUGAUUUCCUUCACGGGAAGCACUCUCACUGGCCAGCGCAUCAUUGAAAGGAGUGCUCCGUAUUGUAAGAAGCUCUCUCUGGAGCUUGGAGGAAAAAAUCCAGCUAUCAUCUUUGAGGAUGCCAACUUGGAUGAAUGUGUUCCUACUACUGUAAGAUCCAGCUUUGCGAAUCAGGGUGAAAUAUGUCUCUGCACCAGCAGAAUCUUUGUUCAGAGAAACAUUUACAAUGAAUUCUUGAGAAGGUUUGUGGAAGCUGUCAAAAAGUGGAAAGUUGGAAACCCCUCAGAUCACACAAUUGACCAGGGAGCACUGAUAAGUAAAGAACAUUUAGCAAAGGUAAAGAACUACAUCAAAAAAGCAGAGUCUGAAGGCGGUAAAAUUCUCUGUGGAGAGGGGAUCGAUACUUUGACUCUUCCAACAAGAAACCGGAAUGGGUAUUUCAUGCUUCCGACGGUCAUUACUGAAAUUGCCGAUGACUCAAGUUGCAUGCAGGAUGAGAUCUUUGGCCCUGUAACCUGCGUCACAGUGUUUGACACGGAAGAGGAAGUGAUCAGGAGAGCGAAUGGGGUCAAAUACGGACUGGCAGCCACUGUCUGGUCAAGGGAUGUGGGGCGGGUUCAUCGCGUUGCUAAGAAACUCCAGUGUGGAUUGGUGUGGACCAACUGUUGGCUUAUCAGGGACUUGAAUUUGCCCUUUGGCGGCAUGAAAGCUUCAGGGGUAGGCAGAGAAGGAGCAAAGGAUUCCUAUGAGUUUUUCACUGAGGUGAAAACGAUUACUAUAAAACACACUGAGAUGCACUGAUGAAAAAUAUUCCGCAUCAGAAUAAACAACACUGUGGUUUUUGCUGUGCCUGUCUUUGAAAUAGAUAAUAAGACAGGUUUGCUUACAAUGUGCCCUGAAAGCCAUAAUUAAUACUGUACUUGCAUUGAUGGUAUAAGUUCACUGGCUAGUUGGCUGCCUGCCUGCUUCUCAUGGAGAAAAGCAGGGGUGUAAGUUAAAAGCUUGUAGCUGGAAUGUGGGCACUUUUUAGGACCGAGUGCUCAUUUUGGGGUGAUGGGGUCUGCAAAAUGCCUGUGCUUACAGCUGCAUACUCAUCAUACAUUUAUAGCAUGUUACUUCCCCCAAGAAUCCUGGGAACAAAGCAACUUGUUAAGGGUGCUGCACACAGUAUUGGAGCUCUGUGAGGGGUAAACUUCAGUUAGCCAUAUACUUUGUGUUAAACAAUGUGCUUUAAAUGUAUGGUGUGGUUGAAGCCUGAGUGCCUUUGUCCCAGCUUUGCAAAAGGCUCUGCUCAUAUUAAACCUGCCUUCACCUGGUCUGCUCCCUGAGUCAUUUGGUUGGACAAUAGGAAGAUCAAAAGCUUCACAUGGGCAGCUGGAGAACACCUCCAGGGUGCUGCUGCUGCACCCACGGGUGCCAAGUUAGCAACUUCUAGCUUACUGAACAGGACCAAAAUGACAAAUUCAAAUGGAAAUUCAAGAAAUUAUAACCUUAUAACCUUUUCAAAUGGAAAUUCCUUCUGUGAGCUUUAGGAAUAGGGAAAACAAUGAUUGUUUCAGAUAUAGCUUCCAUUUAUGUCCAUAUGAGGGCAGCAGAGUGUGUUGUUUGUUCCCCCUUGUGAAUUGCUUAGGUUUAAUAUAUUUUGAUGUACUUCAGAAAUACAUUUCUUCUGUGAUGCUUUUUUUUACCAUUAAUAAAAUCACUCAA